AUGCGCAUGAGUCAGUGACGGUUAGCGCGCCGGCGCGUGCGCAGAACCGCGCCCAAUUUGAAACACGAAAAAACCUAUGUGGUGUGCAGUGAUUGGUGGCAGUGAUUAAUAUGUGAUUUCAUUUAACUUCAUUCUCGUUACAUUGAUAUCUUCACCACAUGGCUCGAACGAACGAAUAAUUCCAUAAGUAGUCAAUAUUAAGUUCCUAGCUAGGAUAAGAUAGUAUAAAAUGUACAGCUCAAACGAAUUCCUGCACAGCGCAGGCGUGAGUCGUCACAUGCAAGCAACUGGUGAAACGCCGACCCAGAAGACGAGCAUGAAACGACGUUCGUGUGAAGUGCCUUUAGGUGACAUUUCUUCUAACAAUUUCAAGGUGUCCCUUGGUGAUAUAACGAACGAUGGUCCAAACUACGAUUGUAGGUCGCUGCGAUCCACCAAAUCUGAAGACACACGAUCGCUUAGAUCUUAUAGGCCCAUCGAUAGUCGUAGUGUAAAGAACUUUAGAUCGUCUUUGGCUGAUAUUACAUCCUAUUCUCUAUCUCGUCCACCGAGCUACGAUCAGUUAUCCCGUAGAUCUGUGGUGGAAGGUAACGAUGGGAUAACAUCGAGUAUUGAAGGUGUGCUCUGGUCGGAUGAAGAGGAAAAUGAGUACUUCUAUCAAGAAAACAUCACUACCGCAUGGAAUCAAGCAACAAAUACUCAGACAACUGCUCAUAUUAGAAUUGGUGUUGAAAGAGGGAAAGUAUGA